AGUCGACAACUCGUUUAACUGUGGAGUCGAGUUUCAGGGCGGUUUAUAUGUUGAUAUUGGAAGCCGUGUGAAAAUAAUCAGUCAAUUUGGUCCUAAACCAACCCUUUGCCGAGAAGAAACAUGAAUUCUAACUGCACAGAAGAUAGACCGAGCGAUGCCGCAUUCAUUGUUCUAUCGUCGUGGCUCGCUUUGUCUGGUUUAGCAGCUGUAUCCGGUAAUACAGUUGUGUUAUGGCUGUUCUACAAAAACAAGUCUCUACGAACAGUUUCUAACAGAUUUUUGGUCUCGUUGUCCAUAGCGGAUCUCUUGGUGGGAGCUGUUGUGGAGCCAGCCUUCCUAGUCGGAUAUCUUCCCCAGCCUUCACAUAAUCAGGAAAUAGAACAUUUCUUAUGGAUUCACUCUACAGCAGCAACGACAUGGAAUUUGUGCGGUGUUUCUGUUGACAGGUUCACUGCAGUUUGCUUUCCUUUCCGUUAUCAAGUGAUUCUAACAAACAAAAGAUGUUGUGUAGUGAUAACUGUGAUCUGGAUAAUCUCUCUGUUCCUUCCUUUCCCGAUAAUGUUUGUCAAAAAUGGGGCAACUGAUCAUCAAGCAGAACUGUGGUUGUCAUUUGCGUUUAUAUUAUUUGUGUUUCCGAUUAUCGUAGUAUCUUUCUGCUACAUUUUUAUUUUCAGAGCAGCUAAUAAACAACACAAACAAGUGAAGAAGGAACAUCAACGCACAAAUUACAGCUCACGCCAGGCUCUAAACAAUUUCAAAGCUAUCAAAACAGUUGGACUUGUUCUGGGUGUUUUCAUCAUUACAUGGAUGCCAUGUUUAAUCUUGGAUCUUGUCAUUUAUUAUUACCGUAAAAUAGAGCAUAAACAAUGCAACGAACACGAAUUGCAUUACAUGGCGUUGCCUUGGGUACAAGCAACGGCUUUUACUUCAUCGGCGAUCAACCCACUGAUAUACUAUUUCAGAAAUAGUGAGUUUUGCCAAGCAUUCAGACGUACCUUUAAUUUUGAUCGAUUGCACUGUGCUCACCAUAAAAAUGCAUCAGACCUCAGACCAAAACAAGAGAAAACCCGGAAGGCAGGAAAUGUUGGAGCUCGUGGAAAAUUUUCAAAUAAGGAGACACAGCUGUAAGGACAAGUAAGGCGAAUACUACCUGUUAGUCAUAAA